AUGAUCCAGGCUUUCACGGGGGAGGCGCAGGGGUAUCAGCAUGUGGCGCUGGGGGAUGUGCAGCGGGGAUGGCGGCGGGCUGUUGCUGCUGAUGGUGGUGAUGGGGGGAACGCAGAUAAGGAGUUGGUUAAUGCGAUUUUUUUGUUUCAGAAGCGUGCGGUUUUGGAGGAGGAGGAGGAGGAGGUGUUGUGGAGGGUGUUGGAUAUAGACGCGGAUGGGAACGGGGAAGGGGCUGAAUACCCCAUCAACUUCGAAAUUGAGCAGCACGACGAGACCGUGCGUCUUCUCCUCUCUUCGUCUUCGCGUCUGAUAGACGACGCAGCAGCUUGGCUUCGGCGCUACGAGGAUAUCUUCAAUGAUAUCCUGCUGCAUCCCAACAGACCCGUGGUCGCGUUUCCGGAGACGUUGGCGGAGCUGCCUUUGUCGCCACCGCCCUCCCCCUCCCCCUCCCAUUCGCCAUCGCCUUCGCCUUCUGGCCCCGUAGAAGAAUUCCCUUCUGAAGAGGUAGAUGUCCUUCGCGCUGCACUCUCCGAACUCCCCGCAUCGAAAAUCGAAAUGGACACCUCGAUAUUCGCACUAGGUAUCGACUCAAUCUCCGCCAUCGGCGUGGCGUCGAAGUGCCGUAAAAGCGGGCUCGAUGUCAGCGUCGCUGAUAUCCUGCUAGGCCGGAGCGUGCGGGGGAUUUUGCGGAUUGUAAGGAGCCGACGCACUUCCCAUCCCAAUCCUGACCACAACAAUCCCAUGCACGCCCAAGGCCUUGAUGAUAGAGUUUUAGUUUCAGAAGGUGCGAAAAGGGCGGCGUUGAGGAUUUGUGGUGUGGAUGGUGUGGGGAAGGGGGAGGUGGAGGAAUUCCUCCCCUGCCUCCCCGGGCAAGUGUAUCAUUUGGCGAGCUGGUUGAAAUCAGGGCGGACGUUGCGGGAAGCUACGUUUGCGUAUACCGUUGCUGAGAAGAUUGAUGAUGGAAAGUUGCGCGCUGCGUGGGAGGGGCUGAGGAAGAGGUAUGUGGUGUUGAGGACGGUGUUUGUAGCUACCUCAUCCACAGAGGUGGUGCAAGUUGUCUUGACCCCGGAAGCUUCGAAUGGGGAUGGGGAGGGGGAUGAUAUGUCUUUCCGUUGUUCAACGCUUAAGGGUGAGGGCAAGGAGAUGAGGGAGGGAGAUGGAGUCGAAGAAUACAUCAAAGCCGAAGCGGCGGCGCUAUUCGAUCUCUCCACCCCUCCCGCGCGUCUGGUUCUCAUACAAGAUCUCGAGGGUGAUCAGUCGCUCAUCUUACUCCAUCUCCACCACGCGCUCUACGACGCCUGGACUAUCGAAGGACUGGUGUCUGACCUCGCUGCUCUGUAUCAUCAGCAGACUCUCCCGCCGCUGCAGCCAGUGAACCGCUUCGUCCAAUCUACCCUAUCCGCCCUCGAGAUCGCACGGGAAGAGAGUCGGGGGCGAGAGGACUGUGCUGCGCUCCUCAGCUUCCCUGAUCCCGGCGGAUGGAAGGGGGAGGGGAAGGUCUUCUUCCUCAAUCACGAAAUCCCCUCCCUCCGCGCGCUGGAGACUACAUGUCGGGAUGUCGGUGUAUCGGUCCCGACCGUCUUGCUUGUUGCUUUCGCGCGUGUGCUUGCGAGGUGGGUGGGGGUGGGGAGUCCGAUUUUUGGGAUUUAUCAGAUGGGCCCGUCUGGGUUGGCCGGGGGUGGGGCCAAUGAGGUGGCGUUCCCGUGCUUGAACGUCCUGCCCAUGACUGUAAAGAAUGUGCGUGAAAAGGGAGUGCGGGAGGUGGUGGAGAGCGUGCAGGAGGAUCUUGCCGAGCGGUCGAAGUAUGAGCAGAGUUUUCUUCAAGAUGUAGUCGGAGGGGGGUUAGGGGUUGAGCCGCUGUUCAACACAUGGGUGAAUAUCCUUUGGCACUCUCCCUCUCCAUCCCUGACCGGCAGCACCACCCCUACUACAGCUGAUACCUCAGACAUUUCUGCUGCUGUUAUUGACGGACAAGGAGGAGUUGAUAAGGCCGAAUGGGUCCCUUAUACACCUCCUGCAUCAUCCCUUGAAUCCCUCAUCCCGACAGAAAGAACAGACGGUAAAACCACCAUAGAUGCGCUGGACACGCGCUAUCUAGCAGACGAGAAUGUGUUCCUUGAUAUCACGCGGAACAGUGAGGGCAAUUGCGUGGAUUUAAUUCUAAGAGUUGAUAGGGGUGCGUUGAGUGGGGAAGGGGGAAUGGGCCUGCUGAAGGAGGUUGGGGCGGAGGUGAGAAGGUGUGUUGAGGAGUUGACGUGA